AUGCCAUCCGCAAAGACGACUGUGGCGGAGCGGCUUGCCUGGCAACAGCAGUUCUUUCUCUACAUCGUUGGAGUGGGCUUCAUCCUCAGGGCGAAGCAUGCCACUAGUGGCAGAAGGCCGGAAAGACAUGAUUGCUAUGCAGUCGCUCUCGGACAAUCGACUUCGAGCUUUGGGCAAACGCGCUGGGCUUGCGGAGGAGGCAUCUGGUACUAUCCGUUGGAGAAGAGUUGUAAUGGCUCAGGUGCACAAAUGGGGGCCACAUGCUCCUCGAACCAUGCCAAGCGUUUGAGAGCUCUGCGGCUUGCUUACUGCCCGCAAUCGCCGGCCCAUUAUGAUGGCAAGGCAUCAGUUGUUCUUCGUGCAUUUCGUGCUAAACAUUAG